CACACCCACCUCUUCCACCCCCUACCACCCGCCGUCAUGGCCUCCUCCCUCAAGAAGGUGCUCUCGAAGGUGGUCUCGCAUACGCGCUCGAGCUCCAAAGCCAGUUCCAAGGAUUCGUUGAACGGCGGCGCGCACCCGGUUACGAAUGGCAAGAUUGAGAAGACGGCCAAACCCUCUGUAGAGAUAGACGACACGAACGCGAAAGGCGAGACCGCCGCGCGCAAACAGCAGGCCAAGGAUGCGGCCAACGGACUACCCCGUCCGAGCACCAACAGCGAGCGGCCACUGUCCUUUACCGAGCAGAAGGAGGACCGCAAAGCAGAGCGGGAAGCCAAGGACGAUGAAGAAGCCAAGGCGCGCAAAGAGCGGAUGCAGAAGUUGCACGAAGAGGACCCGCUACGAGACAACUGGGGAGAUCUUCCAUUGAACAUGUCGCAAAUCCGAGUCGAACGUAAAUAUAACCAGCUCCGCGACAUCCCUAAUAUGAAGGAGGGUGACCAGGGCAUCUUCCGCGCGCGUAUACACCAUAUUCGAGCCCUUGGGUCGAAGAUCGUGUUCCUGAUCUUCCGACAUCAGUUCACGACUGUACAAGGCGUCCUGACAGAGGAAGCCGACAAGGUUUCACAAACUAUGGUUCGCUGGGCCGAGGGCGUCUCACGAGAAUCCAUUGUUCUCGUCGAGGGCGUCAUUCAGAGACCGCCGCCUGACCAGGAGGACGUGCACGGCACCACUAUACACCAAUACGAAAUCAAGAUUGCGAAGUUGCAUGUUGUAUCCGCGCCUUCCACGACCUUGCCUUACCAAGUUGAGGACGUCUCACGACCAAAGGAAUAUUAUGAGAGGGAGGAUGCACAGUUUGUGCGUGUUGGCGAGCGCACCCGUCUCGACCACCGCGUCCUAGAUUUGCGCUCACCCGCGUCCCAUGCAAUAUUCCGGAUACACGCUGGCGUCUGCGAGCUCUUCCGCUCGUAUCUCACCGAGCGCCAUUUCACCGAGAUCCACUCCUCGAAGCUGCAAGGCUCGUCUACGGAGUCGGGCGCGGCGGUUUUCAAGGUGGACUACUUCCGGCGGCCCGCGUACCUUGCGCAGAGUCCGCAGCUCGCGAAGCAGAUGUGUAUCGCCGCAGACAUGGACCGGGUCUUCGAAAUUGGUCCCGUCUUCAGGGCCGAGAACUCGAAUACCCAUAGACAUCUGACGGAGUUCACCGGCCUCGACCUGGAGAUGGCGAUCGACAGCCAUUACCACGAAGUCGUCGACCUGCUGGACGACCUAUUCAAGGCGAUCUUCAAGGGGCUUCAGUCGAAGUUCCGAGAUGAAAUCGAGACUGUCAAGCAGUACUACCCGAGCGACGACGUCGUUAUCCUGGACAAGACGCCUCGGUUGAGGUUUUCAGAAGGAAUCCAGAUGCUGAAGGACUCCGGGUGGAAAGAGGACGACGGGAGCGAGCUCUCCGAAACCGACGACCUCAGUACGCGCGCGGAACAGCGCUUGGGACAACUUGUGAAGGAGAAGUACGGCGCGGACUUCUAUAUCAUCGACAAGUUCCCGCUGGAAGUGCGGCCGUUCUACACUAUGCCUGAUCCUGAGGAUAACCGGUGGUCGAACUCGUACGAUUUCUUCCUGCGUGGUGAGGAAAUUCUCUCCGGUGGCCAACGUAUCCACGUCGCGCCCCUCCUGGAAGAGCGGAUGCGGGAAGACGGCGUCGACCCGGAGUCGAUGCAGGAAUACGUUGACGGAUUCCGAUGGGGCUGCCCUCCGCAUGGAGGAGGUGGUGUCGGUCUCGAGCGUAUCGUUAUGUUGUUCCUCAAGCUCGGUAACAUUCGCUGGGCGAGCCUCUUCCCGCGGGACCCCCGCAGCUUCAUCGUGCGCGGCCAAGAUCCCACAGAAGCCGCGCUUGUCGCAGCCAACUCGCUCAUUCUCCACGGACCUGAGUCAACAACAAUCCAACCCGGAAAGAGGUCUGGUGACCUCCCACCACUGGAGAACCUUAUUGCGAAGUACGGAGACGCGACGAACACGAGCUGGACGGAUCCUGCGUGGACAGUAUGGCGAGACAAGGCCACGGGCGCCGCGGUGGGAUACAUCCCCGAGAAUGGCUUCGCCGUCACGUUCGGGAACCCGCUCUGCUCUGCAGACCAGAUUCCUCGUGUCGUCAAGGCGUACCUUGCCCACCUCCACGAGCAGAACCUCAAGCCCAUUUGGGGCUGCGUCGACAGGUCGACUGAGCAGUACCUCGCGGAGGACCUCGGGUGGGGUGCGGUCAUUGCAGUCGCGGAGGAGCGCAUCAAUCCGACGGAGGUGGACCCGGCGGAGAGCGAUAAGACGGUGCGGCGGAAGAUUCACCGCGCGGAGCGCGAGGGCGUCAAGAUCGUCGAGGUCGGGCCGGAGAUGGACCCGCAGGUGAAGAAGCAGCUCGAGGAGCGUUGUCAAGAAUGGGCGGCGAACCGGAAGGGGACACAGAUCCACCUAACGGGCGUACGGCCGUUCGACGACAUGGCGCACCGGAAGUACUUCUAUGCUACGGACAAGGACGGCAAGCCCUGCGCGAUGGUUGUCCUCGCCCAGCUCGCGCCCAAACACGGCUUCCAGAUUAAGUGGGCGCUCGAGUUCCCGGGCGCACCACUUGGCGCGAUCGAGUACAUCCUCACGUACGUGAUCAAGAAGCUCGGCGACGCGGGCGUGAAGUCUGCUACCUUCGGCGCCGGUGCAAUUGACAAGUUUCACCCCGCGGAGAACGUGCGCGGGUUCCGCGUCAAGGCGCUCGAGAAGGCGUACAACGGGCUCUCAUCGACGUUCAACCUCACCAACAAGGGUGACUUCCGGAGCAAGUUUGGGACGUGGCAGGAUCCCAUGUACAUCUGCUACCCCAAGGGCGGCCUGGGGAUGAAGGGCAUCGACGCCAUCAUGACCAUGCUCCAGAAGGAGAAGUAAUCGCUGGUGCGCUGAAGCCGAUAUACCCCGGCCGGCCUCUCCGUACUCAAGCAUCCACCAUUCCGCGUGUAUUCAAACAUCUCCUGGGACAUUCCUGCUUCACGUUACGAGUCCCCCACGCUGUCCCAUUCCGCUCAUUCCCAGUCCUGAUGCCCACCCGCUCAGUAAUGUAUUUCCUCUCUAUUUCUUCCCUCAUACACAAGGUUCCUUCUCCUCAUGUUUCAUACACCGUUCACGGGAUUUGUGUUUGUUCUUGGUACCGUGUCAUUCCGUAGUAUACGUAGGACCUUGCUUGUUCUGUUACCCGAGCUGUUGCUAUUGCAGGCUCCCCACGUACCUACAUACUCGUACGUUAACGUUGUAGAGUAGAUAGUGCUGUAAUGUGCCCCUCAAUGUAUCAAUUUCCGCG